AUGUUACUCACACCAAUCGUAUUAUACUUUGGUUAUGAUUACAUUAAUAAAAGAUUACAUCAAUCAAAAAACAACUUUUACAUAAACUCAAUUAAAAAACAUUUAAACAAUAAUAACCAAGAUAAUAGUAACGAAAUCAAUAUAAUAAUUACAUUCAAUGAAAAGUAUAACAACAGUCAAUUAAUCAAAGAUUUAGCAAGAUUAGUUUAUAAUCAUUAUGACUCUAAAAAUUUUAAUAACAAAGCUAUCAAUGUAUUUACAAUUGAGUAUUCAGAAAUUGAGCAUUACAAUGAAAGUAAAGAAAAAUUCAAAUUUGAUGCAAUCAUUUUAUUAGACUCUGUUGAUCAAAAUAAUAACAACAAUAAUAAUAGUAAUAAUAAUAGUAAUAAUAACUCUGAUAUAUCAUUUUCAAACAUUAAUAAGUUUAAUAAAAUUUCAAAACUUUUGAAACCAUCCUCAACAUUUUUAACUUUUUAUAACCAACCAUUAAAUAUUAAAGAAAUUAACAAUAACAAUAAUAUUGUACAUUGGAAUUCAAAUAUUAUCGAAAAUAAAACUUUUUAUGAACUAUGUGGAUUUAAUGUCGAAUCCAUUAUCGAAAAAGAAGGCAAAGAUGCUUUAGAAACCUCUGACUUUUUAGUUGUUUCAAAAUCUCCAAGUUGGUUUAUAAACAGUAAGGAUGAUUUGUCACUCUAA